CUUGGCGCUCCCCCCUGCGUGCCCACCCACCACGCUCACCCUCCCAGCGCCGCCAAAUCAGCCGUCCAACUCCACCAUCCUUCAGCGGCGCAGAUUCCUCCUCAAGCAUCUCCUCCUCCCAUCCAACCACCCCAACUCCAGGCCCCUCUAUUUAAGCCUAUCCAAAUCACCCAGCAAGAGUCGGGAGCUCUGAAUUAAUAAUGUCCUCUGGAGCUCCACACUUUCACACCAUUCUACAUUAAUUGGCCUCCGCGUUUUAGCUUCUCAAUACUGGCAUACUGUCUCGGGAGCUAGCUAAUUAGCCUGCAAGAAUUACUAGAUAGCUAGUAGCUAAUCGUUAUUGUUGCGGUGGAAGCUUGUUGUUAGCCUCGAUCGAUCAGUUUGUUAGUUGUGCCAUGGAGAACUGCAAUGCUAACGGCUUCUGCCUGCCAGACCCUCUGCGAUGGGCCGAGGCCGCCGAGGAGCUGAGCGGGAGCCACCUCGAUGAGGUCAAGCUCAUGGUGGAGGAGUACAGGAAGCCUCUGGUCAGGCUGGAAGGCGCCACGCUGAGGAUCUCUCAAGUGGCCGCCGUGGCGACGAGCAAGUCGCCCGUGACGGUCGAGCUCUCGGAGGCCGCCAGGGACGGCGUCAAGGCCAGCAGCGUGUGGGUGAUGGAGAGCAUGAGCAAGGGCACCGAUAGCUAUGGGGUCACCACUGGCUUUGGUGCAACCUAUCACAGGAGGACCAAGCAAGGAGGUGCCCUUCAGAUGGAGCUCAUCAGAUUCCUCAAUGCCGGAAUAUUCGGCGCAGGCCCGGAAUCGGGACACGCAUUGCCGGUGUCGGCGACGAGGGCAGCCAUGCUGGUGAGGAUCAACACCCUGCUUCAAGGCUACUCGGGCAUCCGGUUCGAGAUCCUGGAAGCAAUGGCUCGCCUCCUCAACUGCAGCGUCACCCCAUGCCUGCCGCUCAGGGGCACCAUCACCGCCUCCGGCGAUCUCGUCCCGCUCUCCUACAUCGCCGGCCUCCUCACCGGUCGCCCAAACUCCAAGGCCACCACCCCUGAUGGCACCGCCAUCGAUGCUUCGGAAGGCUUCCAGCUCGCGGGGAUCGCCGGCGGAUUCUUCAAGCUGCAGCCCAAGGAGGGCCUGGCGCUGGUGAACGGCACCGCCGUCGGGUCCGGCCUGGCCUCCAUGGUCCUCUUCGAGGCCAACAUCCUGGCCGUCCUCUCGGAAGUUGUGUCGGCGAUGUUCUGCGAGGUGAUGCAGGGGAAGCCCGAGUUCACCGACCACCUCACCCACAAAUUGAAGCACCACCCGGGCCAGAUGGAGGCUGCGGCCAUCAUGGAACACAUUCUGGAGGGCAGCUCCUACGUGAAGAUGGCCGAGAAGCUCCACGAGCGGGACCCCCUCCAGAAGCCGAAGCAGGACCGCUACGCCCUCCGCACCUCCCCACAGUGGCUGGGCCCUCAGAUCGAGGUGAUCAGGAUGUCCACCAAGUCGAUCGAGAGGGAGAUCAAUUCGGUGAACGACAACCCACUGAUCGAUGUCUCCAGGAGCAAGGCUCUCCACGGCGGCAACUUCCAGGGGACGCCCGUAGGCGUUUCCAUGGACAACACCAGGUUGGCGAUCGCCGCCAUCGGGAAGCUCAUGUUCGCGCAGUUCUCCGAGCUCGUGAAUGACUCGUACAGCAAUGGCCUGCCUUCCAAUCUCUCCGCUGGACGCAACCCCAGCCUGGAUUAUGGAUUCAAAGGUGCCGAGAUAGCGAUGGCCGCCUACUGCUCCGAGCUCCAAUUCCUCGGGAACCCGGUCACGAACCACGUCCAAAGUGCCGAGCUGCACAACCAAGACGUCAACUCCUUGGGAUUGAUCUCGGCCAGGAAGACGGCGGAGGCUGUGGAGAUCCUGAAGCUCAUGUCUUCCACCUACUUGGUCGCGCUCUGCCAAGCCAUCGAUCUGAGGCAUCUGGAGGAGAAUCUGAAGAGCACUGUCAAGAACACGGUGGCCCAAGUCUCUAAGGGAGUUCUGACCAUGGGAGCUGAUGGGGAGCUGCAUCCCUCCAGGUUCUGCGAGAAGGACUUGAUCAGGGUCAUCGAUGGCGAGUAUGUCUUCUCCUACGUCGAUGACCCCUGCAGCUCUACAUACCCUCUGAUACAGAAGCUAAGGCAGGUCCUCGUGGAGCACGCCCUCAACAAUGGGGAGAAGGAGAAGGAUCCCAGCUCUUCCAUCUUCCAGAAGAUCGCUGCUUUCGAAGAAGAGUUGAGGACUGUCUUGCCGAGAGAAGUGGAGAGCGCGAGGGUAGCUCUCGAGAAUGGGAGAUCGGCCAUUGCCAACAGGAUCCAGGAGUGCAGGUCUUAUCCUCUGUACAGGUUUGUGAGGGAGGAGCUCGACACGGGGUUGCUUACGGGCGAGAAAGUCCGGUCGCCUGGCGAGGAGUUCGACAAGGUGUUCGAUGCUAUCUGCGAGGCUAAGGUGAUCGAACCUCUUCUCGAGUGCUUGAAGGAUUGGAACGGUGCUCCCCUUCCCACCUGUUAGGAUCACUCGGGAAAGGGACGAUGCUUCUCUGCUGCUGCUUGAUGGACCUUAUCUCAUUCGUUUCUUCUUUUGAUUUUUUGGAUGUAAAGGACCCUGCAAUGCUCUAUUCUGGCGGGGAAAAUGUGAUCCCGAGGUUGUUUGCCUUCGUAUUUUCUUUCUAACAUCUUUAUUCGUAUCUCUUCUUAAUAGUAUUUGGAGCGGAGUAAUUCUUUGUACGAGGCCCACUUUCUUUUAGCUGGAUUGUAGCACAAUGGGCGGCGAGAAAGGGAUGGAUAGAGAGAACGAAGAAGAAUAUGUUGGGAUUUUCGUGAUAGAUUCGAAGGUAUGUAUCUGAUAAAAAUAUGCAGUACUGGCUGCAGGUCUUUUUGGGA